AUGCAAGCCUCCCCUAACAACCCCCAGGCCCACUCAACCGAGCACUCCCUCAAGCUCUACGCCGGCUGGUUCUGCCCCUUCGUCCAACGCGCCUGGAUGGUCCUCGAAGAAAAGAAGACCCCCUACCAAUACAUCGAAGUAAACCCCUACCACAAACCCACCUCCCUCCUCUCCCUCAACCCGCGCGGCCUCGUCCCCACCCUCGCCUACAACAACCAGCCCCUGUACGAAAGCACCGUCCUGUGCGAGUUCCUCGAAGACGCCUUCCCCGAGCACACCCCCUCCCUCCGCCCCGCAGACCCCUACGUCCGCGCCCGCGCCCGCAUCUGGACCGACUUCGUCGGCUCGCGGAUCAUCCCUGCCUAUCACCGCUUCCUGCAAUACCAACCCACCCGCGACGGCGCCGAAGGACUCUCCAAAGCGCGGGAGGAGUUCCUCGGGCACCUGAAAGAGUGGACGAGAGCGAUGGACCCCGUCGGGCCCUGGUUCCUCGGCGGCGACUUCAGCCUCGUAGAUGUGGCGCUCGCGCCGUGGGCGGUGAGGAUGUUUGUGUUUGAUGUGUUCAAAGGCGGGUUGGGGAUUCCAGAGGAGGGAAAAGGGGGGGAAGAUGAAGAGGUCUGGGCGCGGUGGAGGAAGUGGAGUAGGGCGGUUGAGGAGAGGAAGAGUGUCAGGGAGACUAUGAGUGAGCGGGAGCAUUAUUUGCCGAUUUAUCAGCGGUAUGCGGAUGAUGUGGCGCAGAGUGAGAUGGCGAAGGCGAGUCGGGCGGGGAGGGGGGUGCCGUGA